UGCUGCUGAAUUAUUACGACGGAGAGAGAAAGAGUGGGAGAAAGCCAGGACUGAGGGUUUGCUUGCAGGAAGUGGAGAAUAGUUGUAUAGAGAGUGGUUGGUGUGAAGUAUUGCGAAUUUCGAUAAAUUCUUGGCAUAUAUAGGACCGAUCCCUCAAUAAAGUUCGCUCCAUUACCGCACUUGAAGGCAGCAAAGAUCGAGAGAUAAAUCUUGAUGCAUUACUUAUCCCUUAUUGCUUCUCGAGAGGAGUACAUACAACAAUGUAUAAUCAAAUUACUUAUCGCACCACAAUUCCUCUCCAUUAUACCACCCAUUAGUACCAGAACGAAGCAAAGUAGUGCUCUCAUCUAAUACGUACCACCGACGAGCUUUCGAGUUCAACUGCGACGAGAAGGAGGUCGAGUUUGUCCUCUGCAUUUUAAAAGCCAGCCACCACGUCUUGUUUAGUUUGAGAUUUUUGCGAGUCUCGUCCUCAGUACCGUUCUUGGUUUAUGUCGAGAAGGAAGGAAGAGAGAAAGUCAGCCGACCAACCAACACGCAGUUUAAUUCAACUAGUCUUUCUCUCUCCCACUUUCCCCACCACUACCAACCACCAGUCCAGGCCAUCAUCAAUCACAACAGAGUCAGCAGCAUGUGUGUAUCUCACUUAAAUAAAGGAAUCAUGUGAGAGAACCAGUAAGGAAAAUGCAUCGCGGUUAAUAAUAAGUCGUCGUCGUCCGUAUUUAUAUUUUGUGGUGUGCUUCUUCUUCUCUUCUCUACUGCCCCACUGCUUACUUUACUAUCUCUCUCAUCCAUAAUAAAAGUGAACAAGUUGUUCAUUUUUUUCAUGCCAAAUAAGUAGACAGACAUAACAUAACAUAGUUAGUUUUAGUUAGUUAGUUAGCCAACCAACCUCAUGUUACAAAGUGAUUGUGACCUUCGCAUUUUACAUUUAUUAUACAAUCAUCACUCACUCACGGCUCAUCUUCUCUACACACUCGUGUUGGUUGGUAUGUACAUUUACACGUCUUUAACUGCGAGAAGGAUUGAAAGGAUUUAAAGGACUCUAUAAUGAUGACCUUAUCAUCGAGAAGAUAAGUCGACCCUUAACACGGCUGGACAAAGUGGUUAAAGCUGGUCAUGUGGAAAGAGCAGGAUACAUAUAAUUCCAUUCUCAAGGGAUUCGAAGAGGAAUUCAUUAAUGAGGUGCUAAAGUAGAGGAGUCCUCUCAAGUGCGUGAUAUGUCUUCGUCUUGGGGGAUAGACAGCAUGGGGUCAUCGGGCGGCGGACGGGGCGUGUUCGGGAAAUCUUGCCCCACAACAACCACCACUAAUCCCCCCAUGCCCCCUGUCUCGUCCUCAAUAGGCAAUCAAUUGCCUCCCCAGCCUGUUUCGGACAUGAGAAAGGAGGGGGUCCGGCUGGAAACUCUAGUUUUGGGACAAGACCGCGUCAUUGUUCCCACAGUUGCUCCACGCCCCACCUUAGUUUCAGAACAAUCUGUGACCACGAUGAUGACCUCGUCCGCAGCAGUCCCCGUCCAACAGCCUCCGAAAGAGAAGAGUUCUCCCAUCAAGAUGAGCUCUUUUUCGAGUGUUCCUGCCAAGGGGGCCAGUGAAGCCAUUAGUCGAAGACCCAUCUACCCAAACUUUCCUUUCUCCCCCUUCACGUCCCCUGGAAGUUCACCAUUCGCUAGGCGACGACAAUUCAAGGAAUCGCAGAGAGUAAGCGUGGAGCGGAUUGGGGAUAAUGUGCAACUAAAUCAGUACCGACUCAAGGAGCCGAUUGGUCGAGGGGCGUAUGGAAUUGUCAAGCUGGCGUACAAUGAGGAGGAUGAUAACCAUUAUGCGAUGAAGAUACUCUCAAAGAAAAAGUUGUUCCAGAAAGCUGGGAUUUUUGGUCGAGUUGCUCCUAGUCGAAAGCCUCAGGGGAAAGGUGUAAUCGAAAAUCCACUGGAUCCACUUCAAAGGGUGUAUCGUGAAGUCGCCAUUUUGAAGAAAUUAGAUCAUACUAAUGUUGUCAAAUUGGUCGAAGUUCUAGAUGACCCUGCCGAGGAUAGUUUAUAUCUAGUUUUUGAGCUUUUGGAGCGAGGAGAAGUGUUGGAAGUGCCCACGGAUAGUCCACUCCCGGAGGAGAAAGCGUGGAAAUACUUUCGAGAUGUCGUCCUCGGUUUAGAGUACCUGCACUAUCAAAAGAUAUGCCAUCGGGAUUUGAAACCCUCAAAUCUCUUGCUAAGUGAUGAUGACCACAUCAAAAUUGCGGAUUUUGGCGUGUGCAAUGAGUUCAAUGGUGAAGACGAUGCCAUUCUUUCGAGCACUUUGGGAACGCCAGCUUUCAUUGCACCAGAGGCUCUGGCUGCUUCAAGGGAAAGUUACAGUGGGAAGAUGGCCGACAUUUGGCAGUUGGGGGUCACCUUGUAUGCCCUCGUGUAUGGGAAAGUCCCAUUCCACGAGGAGAGCAUUAUUAAACUCUACGAAAAAAUUCAGUCAGAAGAGCUAUGCUUUAAAACUACUCCAGAAAUUUCUUUUUUGCUCAAGAAUCUUUUAGAAAGUAUGUUGCAAAAGGAUCCCAAACAAAGAAUCACUCUACCUCAGAUCAAGAUUCACAACUGGGUAACAAAAGACGGCCAAUUUCAACUCCCCUCAGAGGAGGAAAACUGCACGAGCUACGUGGAAGUAACGGAGGACGAUGUUAUGAAUUGUGUUCGCUCUAUACCAAAAAUAGACACAAUUAUUCUGGUCAGAACCAUGCUGAAAAAUCAUUCUUUCCAACAUCCUUUCAAGCGGAAUUAUGGGAGCAGAAAUCUACUCCAUGUCAACGGUCGUUCCCACUCUGCGCCCAGCUCGUAUGACCUUCUCUUCGAAAGGAAAAUGUCCCUCGACUCUGGCCUACUUCCAAUGGUGACCGAGUCCAAGUGGGAGCAACCCUGUGUCAGAUCUGGUUUUCCGAGGUCUCCCAUUACAAAGCUGAGUGAUACGACCCCUGCCCCCGCCCCCACAGCCGCACAAGUCUUGACAAGGAAAAACUGAUGGAAAUCAAAAAUACUCAUCGUUUCGUUCUCAUUGCCAGUCUUGCUACUAUUCAUACAUAUUUGCAACAGAUAUAAUUUUAUUUUUGAGUCUUAUAAACCAUGACCAUAUCAUCAUCAUGCACACACAUAUAUAAAUAUACAUAGGAGUACCAAGGUCCUCUCAUCUCAUUCAUAAAGUGUCUUCUUAUUCCUUCUUAUACAAAAAAUAUCCCUAUAAUUUUACUUACUUAUCAAUACUUAAUAUGUACACUCUUAGAAAAAAUUUUACUUUUUUGAAAAGUAAGUGCACUUUUUACUCCAUAUGAAGUAAGAUUUACUCUGUAUCAAGUAAGCGUUACUCUGGAUUUAGUAAACUUUGCUUCAUAUGGAGUAAAAAGUGCACUUACUUUUCAAAAAAGUAAAAUUAUUUCUAAGAGUGUACCAAUGUGUCCCUAUCUCUCUCUCUCAUUAUAACAUUCCUCUCUAAUAUCUCUCCUAAACUUGGUCUCAGAUACUUACUAAAUAACAUAAGGUGCUCUUAACGCUGAAAUAUUACUUUAAUAAUACUGUGACACAACAAAUUUUUAAAAUCUAGAUAUCGCAACUCUAUGUAACGUAACGUAGUCAGUCAAACUUACAUAUUCCUUCGUACGCACUUUUUAUUAUUCCUUAAUAGCCAUUCCAGUCGGAACAAUAUACGUUUUAAUUUCUUGUACGUGCUAUAAAUAUAAUUUUAAUAACAAUUUAAUGUUGUCACACACUACAAACAAACAAACAAACAAAUUAUUAAGGAGAAAAGAAGUAUAUCUAAAUAUUGUGUAUGUCAAAAAUUAUGUGUAUGCAAAGUCUAAAAAAAUAGGUACAUACGUACAUACAGAUGUAAGUAUGAGGAAUUUAUCAUCCUGACCCAGCAAUAACCUGACUUUUGCGUAUACUCUCUUAUUCCUCUUACCUGAUACUUGUCAGCAACUCACGUAUUUCAAAUAUAUUAUUCUACAUAUAUUAUUAUACUUACUUAAAUUUUUGCGAAAUCAUCAACAAAACUCAACAUCAAAUGUCUUCUCGUCAACGCUACAAACAAACACAAAUAAUACGUGUGGGUUGUUGUUGCUUUUAAAUAAUUUGUCUUUCUACGGAUUUAUAUUCCAUUAUGUCUACAAGUACUCGGUCGGAUGGGUGAUGAUGACAUGCUUUAUUAUAUCCUUCGGUCUGCAUGUAGCAGUCAAGUCAUGCAGUCAUCAUCACACCACUUUUAGCGUUUUUAACUUUUUGAAAUUAAUUCUGUCUGAAUUGAACAAUUUUUAAUAAACAGUCAGAGAUACGUCUACAUUUUGAAGCUCUACAUUAAAAUUA